AUGCUCUUUUUAUUUCACAACAUUUUCUUUCUUUCUUUCUUUCUUUCUUUCUUUCUUUCUUUCUUUCUUUCUUUCUUUCUUUCUUUCCAAAGUCUACUUUUUAUUGCCAUUUUCUCUUUUUCUUUCAUUUUUCAUUUCUCCAUUAACUCUUUCUUUUCCUUUUGCAAUUUCUUUCUUUCUUUUUUUAUUUCUUUCUUUGCAAAGUAUUCGUUUUUUUCUUUCUUUUAUUUUUUCUUUCUUUCUUUCAUUCUUUCUUUCCUUCCACAGACUUCAUUUUGUUACUAUUUUUACAGGCUUAAAAUCUUUUUUUCUUUUCAAGGAAAUUUUCCUGUUGAUGCUUUUUUUCUUCUUUCAAAAUCACUUUCUUUCUUUUAUUGUUUCAUUUUUUCUUUUAAAGGAAAUCUUUCAUUUUUAAUUCCUCCGUUAUUGCCUUUUACUUUUACAAGCACUUUCUAUCUUUUUUUUUAUAUUUUUCAUUUCUUCACUAAGACAUUCUUCUUCCUUUGUCAUCUUUUUCUUUCUUUCUUUCUUUUUCUUUCUUUCUUUCUUUCUUUCUUUCCGUUUUUCAUUCUGUCGAAAAUCUUCCUUUUAUAG